AUGACAGAAAACCUAACUAUUACGACGAGCUAUCCACCAAGACCAGCUUCUCCGAAUCCGCAAGGUACCGAAAUUGCUUUAUCUUGCCGUAAAACUGUCGUUUUCUUUACAGAUGAUAUAGAUUUGAUCAAAACGAACAAAAUUGACGAGAAUCUUUGGAUUCAAAAGAUAGAACUGAAGCAAACGCUCAACGCGGCGACGGAGCACCUGAAGGCGUGUUGUGUCCUUCUGAAUCUGUCGGCAAAGUGCGAUGAGCGAUUGAAAAUCGCAUACUGCCACGGAAAAACGGAGAAAUACCAGUUGGUAUCGAGGACCGGCAAUUCGGACAAUUUGAAAGCUGCGGUGACACUUCUGGAUGAUAAUGUGAUACAAGCAGAAGUCACAGUCAAGUAUCCGAAGGCCGGCGGCGGAUACUACCGAGCCGUGGCCCAGCCGGAUGUGCAAUGGAAACUGCAGCAGCUGCAAGACGUCGGAAAUCACAUUUCGAGAGUGACAAUCUCACUCUGCGACCUUCUGGAAGAAAUACAACUGCUUGGAGGAUCUGAAGGCGGCGAGAAGGAUCAAUUCACACUGGCGACCGGAAAACGAAUGCUGGAAGAGCUGAGAGCAAUGAUGAACGAGAUUUCGUUGGCACGUAAUACGAUUAUGCUGCCGAGGAAAAGGUUUGUACUAAAUUUCUAUAAUUUAUUCCUGCAUUGGAAAAGAAUACCCAAAAAAUUCCUUAAAGGAGUCUUCUGGAGCUCUGCUACUUCCCUCCCACUCGAAAAUUCGUCCCACCGCUCCCACAGGACCAGUUGAUCUCCUUCUACAUUUCCAGUUGUCGCUUGGUAAAACCUCUUCUAUUUUUCACGUUAAAAUUUGUGCUUUCAGGUGUGCGCUUCCUAUCAAAUGGUCCCCAAGACCGUCCAUCCGCAGGGAUUGUCCGUUUUCAUGGCCGAGUGCCAACUGCCGCACCUCGACGAAGUCAUCAAACACCUCAACAACGUCAUGGCCAGUGUUCAGACGCUAAUAACCUACUUUGCAGCUACCAUGUAGCUCAGUUAAUAUUAUUAGAGUUAUAUUUAUUGUAGAAUUUCAAAUGUAUUUAUUUACUACACAUAUUUAUUGCUUUAUUCUCGGUCACAUUGCCAUGCAUUCCUUCAUUUUCACUGCAUUCUUCCCGCUCCGUCAUAAUAUUCUCACUAAAGGCUGCUUUUUCUCUGAAUGUUCGAAGUUUCUAUCUAACAAUUGGUUUUUCGAAGCCAAGAUCUUAUUUCACUUGAAAAUUCCCUUCAGAUCCCUCACUGCCAUUUAAACACAGUCACCAGGUGGGAAACAUUCCAAAACUAAACAUCAUCGAUCAUCAAAUUAUUUAUUUUCCUCGUUCCGUUUCAUUGACCUUCGAAACUCUCGCGUCCCUCACGUUUCGGCGUGGUAACGUGAGACUGCCCUCUCUGCGCCCUCCCCGGUCCCCACACUGUCUCGUCGGACGUCUGCUUCUCUAAAACUCUUCUCCGUUUUUGCAGAAUGCUCGCUCGAGGAGGCGCCGUCAUUGCCAGAGGAGCGUCCCUAACUGCUGCCCGCCACUUUUCGCGCACGUUUGUUCCGAUGGCUAAGGUGAGUGUGAAAACAUGAAAAUUUUGAAAUUGGGAGAGAAAAGACCACUAAUCAUCAUGGAAGACGUUCAAAGAUUCUGAAAUUUUCGAGAAUUCUAAAAUUCUAAAAUGAGCUUUUGUAGUUGAAAUCCUCAAGCGCUAUUUCCGCUAUUUCUCGCUAGAUGAGUGAGUUUCAGCAGUUAAAAAAAAAACAUGAUGCAAUUCAUACAUUCCAUCGGUCGAAUGUAUUUAUUUUAAUCCAACUGAUCAAAUCCGAGGUAAUCCCCUCUCUCAUUUCAGAUUCGUGUUGAACGCGACACCUUCGGUGAGCUCGAAGUGCCGGCCGACCGCUACUAUGGUGCUCAGACCGCCCGUUCGCAGAUGAACUUCAAGAUUGGAGGACCGGAAGAGCGUAUGCCGAUCCCGGUGAUCCACGCUUUCGGAAUCCUCAAGAAGGCCGCCGCGCUCGUCAACACCGAGUUUGGACUCGACAAGAAGCUGGCUGAGGCUAUUUCUCAGGCCGCUGGUGAGUAAAAUUCGUUCAUUUGUGAAGCGAAACGGUGUUUUCAGAUGAGGUCAUCUCUGGAAAGCUCGACGAUCACUUCCCACUUGUCACCUGGCAAACUGGAUCUGGAACCCAGUCGAACAUGAACGUUAACGAGGUUAUCUCCAACCGGUGCGAUUUUCGCUUCCGCAUCUCGCCUCAUUCUGCAUUUUUCCAGCGCCAUCGAAAUCCUUGGAGGAGAGCUCGGAUCAAAGAAGCCAGUGCAUCCGAAUGACCACGUGAACAUGUCGCAGUCCUCGAACGACACGUUCCCAACUGCCAUGCACAUCGCCGUCGGACGCGAAGUCAACUCCCGCCUCCUUCCGGCUCUCCACAAGCUCCGCACUGCUCUUCACAAUAAGGCCGAGGAGUUCAAGGACAUAAUUAAGAUCGGACGUACGCACACCCAGGACGCCGUGCCACUCACUCUCGGACAGGAGUUCUCCGCCUACGUGCAGCAGCUCGACAACUCGAUCUUUCGUGUCGAGUCCACUCUUCCCCGUCUCUACCAAUUGGCCGCCGGAGGAACCGCCGUCGGAACCGGACUCAACACCCGCAAGGGAUUCGCCGAGAAGGUCGCCGCCACCGUUUCCGACCUCACCGGACUUCCGUUUGUCACCGCUCCCAACAAGUUCGAGGCUCUUGCCGCCCACGACGCUCUCGUUGAAGUGCACGGAGCCCUCAACACUGUCGCCGUCUCUUUCAUGAAGAUCGGAAACGACAUCAGAUUCCUCGGAUCUGGACCACGCUGUGGACUCGGAGAGCUUUCCCUCCCGGAGAACGAGCCAGGAAGUUCGAUUAUGCCAGGAAAAGUGAACCCGACUCAGUGCGAAGCCAUCACGAUGGUUGCCGCUCAAGUUAUGGGAAAUCAGGUGGCCGUGUCGGUCGGAGGAUCCAACGGACACUUCGAAUUGAACGUCUUCAAGCCACUCAUCGUCCGCAACGUGCUCCAAUCCACCCGUCUGCUCGCUGACUCCGCCGUCAGCUUCACUGACCACUGCGUCGACGGAAUCAUCGCCAACAAGGACAACAUCGCCAAGGUAUACAAGCAAUCCACAAAACUCAAUUGAAAGUUUUCUUCUAGAUCAUGCGUGAGUCGCUGAUGCUCGUCACCGCUCUCAACCCACACAUCGGAUACGACAAUGCCGCGAAGAUCGCCAAGACGGCUCACAAGAACGGAACGACUCUUGUCCAGGAGGCCGUCAAGCUCGGAAUCCUCAACGAGGAGCAGUUUGCCCAAUGGGUGAAGCCAGAGAACAUGCUCGGACCAAAGUAA